CUGUAACGCUACUUCUGACCACGGCUCGUCGAAUUCCGGAAGGUAUUCAUCAAGCUAAAACCGGAGGAUGGGGAACAUGGUCACCAUUCUAUAUGUGUGGCGAUGGACUUCGUGAAUCGACAAUCGGUAUAGUCGGUCUCGGCCGAGUGGCUACUUCGGUGGUCAGGAAAUUGAAGCCGUUCUUGCCCGAGCGUAUUAUUUUCACUGACGUUAAACCCGAUUUGCACCGUGCUGAAGAACUUGGUAUUCACUAUGUAUCGUUCGAUCAUUUACUGCAAGAGAGUGAUUUCGUUAUUCUCACAUGCGCUGCAACCAAGGAAAAUAGGGGAAUGAUGAACAAGGAGGCAUUCGCAAAAAUGAAGAAGACC